AUGCCGUCUUCAACAGUGAUCAAAGAGACCGUGAAGAAGGAAGCGACAAUCUUGCCCUUGAAGAGUGACAGCUGCUUUCCUCUGAAUCCUGAAGCCCUGACGAAACAGAAGAACAUGCUCAAAAACAUGUCUACAAAGGGCAUCCAAGCGAAAUGGGGCUACCUCAAAAAUUGCUCGCCUUUCAAGAACCAGGCACGAACUCUGGCCAGAAAAAUCGAAAAAGAGCUGAUCCGGCGGGGCGUCAUGGUAGAAGAUGACGAUGACGAGUCGACGCUGACUGAGGGAAGUUGGCAUCCAGGGGUCAUGGCUCUGCCUGCCAAAAUCGUGCCUGAUGUGACGCUAGUGUCGCCGUCUUCAAAGAAAUUGGUGGAACAUGGGCAGCGUUGCCAGACUUCAGACAACGCUUGGCUGCUCAAGGGUUCAUUUUGGAGGAGAAAAUUUCCUUGGCUGCGGGCAGGUUUUGCGGGCAAUAGCAACAUUUUGACAGUGGGGUGCAAAAUUUGCGCGCUGCAUGCUGCCAAGUUUACUGCAGCCGGGAGUGAUACUUCGCAGCUUUCCCCUUAUGCCACUUUCUCAGUUCGGCCCGAAGUCACUUGGAAGAGCUGGAGGUUUCGGCACCAUGCCCAAUCCAAGUACCACAUUGCCGCUCAUGCAGCUGAUCCAACUUCUCAUGCCCCUGCUGCUGAAGAAUGGCAAGACCUCGUGCGCAAGCUGAGCAGAGGACAUUCUCAGCGCGACAAAGGGGACGGAACACCAUCGACCCGAACCAAGUUGAUGCACUAUUGCCUUUCCGAAGCUAUCUUGCACGCUUACCGCGUCUUCCUGGCCAGUGCCCAAAGCAUCACUCUGAUGCGGGAUGAAAGACAAGGCCGCUUGCUGCUGCGAUUUAGGGCAGUGGAUGCGAACUUGCGAGUCUGCAGCGGCUGCAUUGGGCAGCCUCGCCUGGUUGAAGGUAAGACUUCGGAACACAUCGCAAGAGCCACAGUGAAAGCCUUGAAACUAUUUUGCACACCUGGCUUUGGUGGGUCAGUGGAUGAGGCAUUGCUCAGCCACGUUCGGAGCCAUGUUCACAUCAUGGUAACCGAUGCUGCGUCAGCUGAAUUACUUGCGUCGGAUAUACUCAGAUCUCGGCGCCGGUCAGAUCAAGCCGAACUGCAGAGAGAUGUUUUUUUCCCAAACAUCGUUUUGCUGGGCCGCGAUGCAAGCCAUGCUUGCAUGAGACUGCUGAAACGGCCUUGGCAUGUCAUGGAUGACGUGAAAGACGCUGUUAGCAGCACAGUCACCAACAAAGAAUCCUUGGCGCAAAAGAUUUUCCACUCCCCGAACUAUUCAUUUUGGCUGCAAGAAGCCAUUGCCAAAGGUGCCGGCCCCCAGACCAGCAGCUUAUCGGCGGCAAAGCACCGCUUCGCGUCCUUUGCCAAACCUCUUGGGAGAUUUUGUUUGAAUAUGAGACCGAUAUUUGAUGUAUUACACAAAAUUUUGGCUUUGAAGGAAGACUGUGACUGGCUGCACAAGUGGAUGGACAACGUCUCUGCCAAGAAAUUGCUUCUUGUUGCGGCAGCCGCUGAUGCAGCUGAUACAGUGAUGGAAUUUUUGCGGCUGAUGGACAAUGAAUCGCAAGACCCGGCCAUUCUGAAUUCAGAGGUCCACAGUUUUCUGCGCAAUGUAGACAUCCAAUUUGGACAGCCAGGGCAAGUCUUCGACGUGAAUGGAUACAGCAAGCAUUGUCUAGACCUGUUGCAAGCAGAGCCUGGACUCUAUGUCAAGCACAGGGGUCAGCAGAAGAGGCUGAGGGUGUCUGCGGGCGAUCGCCGUGCUGUCCUGGAAGCCUUCAAACCGUGGGUUCAUUUGUGUCAUGAGGCUUGCGAGGCUGAGUUUCCGCAUUUCCAUCUCUUCUCAUCGAUGAGCGUCUUGGAUCUGCGAUCUGGUGGCCGGCUAACAGAUGACAGAUAUGCUUGCCUUCAGCGACUAGCCGUCGCCUUGCAAGUUGAUGAGCAAGGGCUGGUCUCCGAGUUUGACGCUCUGCGGCCAGUGGCCAUGGCAUUCCGAGAACAGCAAGAUUGCACUAGCAGGGAUGCGUGGAAACAAGCAUUCCGAAGAAGCCAAGCAUCUUCUGCUUUGAGGGAAAAAUAUGAAACCAAGAAUUUGGCCCCUUUGCUUCAAGCGCAUGCCUGCUGGACCACCUCUAGCUCUGGCGUGGAGCAAGCUUUUUCCAAAGCUGAGAGGAGCCAUGGAGCUAAGCAUUUCGGGCCAAAGGCAGCCGAUUCAGAGCGUCGAGCGAUGGUGUGCUUGACGUACAAUGACUCCCCUGCAGCGUCUUUGGCUUCUGUCGUGGACAAGGCCCGUGCUCUAUAUGCAGCAAGAGUAUCCAGACACCUUGGCAAAUACCAAAGGAAGCGCCUAGACAAGGGGGUCAAGACAGGUCCUCGAGCAAAACUUGCCGGCAAAGUCGUGGAGAAGACUUGGAUCAAGCGUAGGCGGGCUUCUGUCAGGGCAGCCGCUGCAAGCACUUCAGGGCAAAAACCUGUGGACCACGAAGUUGCGAUAGCCAAUUUGUCACAGAAAGCUCAGAAGGAAAUUGCCAACUCGCGAGAAACGCUUCUGAAGAAGAAGGUGGAGGCGCGUCGUGAUGGCUAUUUCCUCGGCUUGGGUGCCGCGGAAGGCUUGAGCUUGGAGCAGGCAGCUGCCAAGAGAGCCAGGGAGGACGCCAAAGCAGAUCAGGCCAUGCAUUUGAAACGGAAGAAGCAAGAAUCCCAGCUCCUUUCCACAACGAAUGCGCGCACAUGGAGAUGGCAAUCACUAGGGCCAGCCAAGGCAUGGUUCGCCACUGGAUUGCCUCCCACGGCGUGCGCCCCAUUGCUGCAGGAGCAGGACAUCCGAGCUGCCUCUGUCUUUGUUGUGGACGAUUCAGCUAUUCCCUCGAAGGCUUAUUUCAUGGCCGUGGCAACUGGGGGCUGCAUUUUGUCAUACUCCUUGCUACUGAAGCGCGCCGGCAUCAAAUCUCAAUACUGCUUGCAGAAGUUGGAGUCUUUGAAACGGAAGUGGCCCACGCUCCACUGCACGCCAGACUUCAAGCAACAAGAGCCAGCCAUGACUCAUCUCCUGAGGUGGGCGGUUUUUGAGAAGAAAAUGUGGUCUGGAGUAGCCCUUGAAAAUGUGCGGAAAAAUACGAUUUGCCUUGUCAAAGACAAGACCGAUGCUAAUCUGGCCCAGCUGAAACGAGCAGGCGGUCAUUGGCACAGCAAAGACGAGUUUGUACAGUUAUUAACUGCAGCAUGCAUCGACUAUGGUCGUUCUUUCGGAGUGUCGGCAGCGUGA